AUAAGAACUGUUAUUGUCAUCAGAGUCACGACUCGUCGCCAGUAACAGAUAGUUGUCUAUUAUCUGUCUGGAUAUUCUAUGGAAUAAAUUAUACUGAAAUAAACUUUAAUAUAAUCAUUUAUACUCAGUUACUCCAAGCGUUUGCAAUUCAUUUGAUCAUGCUCACAUUUUUUAUUAUUUCUUUGUCGCUAACUCUUGGAGUUUUUUUAAACAAUGUUGUUGGUGAUUCUCCAGCGAUUUACGAGCAGGAUAAAAUAAAUGGAACUGUUCCACCUCAACGUUACAGUUUUGAAGUUGACUAUGAAAAUAAUGAGUUUUUAUUAGAUGGAAGGCCGUUUCGAUAUGUAUCGGGAAGUUUUCACUAUUUCCGAACGCCAAGAGCCUACUGGAGAGAUAGGCUAAGAAAAAUUCGUGCCGCUGGUCUAAACGCCAUUUCUACUUACGUCGAAUGGAGUCUUCAUCAACCAAAGCCAAAUGUUUGGCACUGGACGGGCGAAGCUGACAUAGUUUCUUUCCUAACAAUGGCCCAAGAAGAAGACCUGUUCGUUUUAUUGAGACCUGGGCCUUAUAUUUGCGCUGAGAGAGACUUGGGAGGAUUACCACCGUGGUUGAUGAGCCUUGUUCCCGACAUUCAAAUGCGUACCAACGACCAGCGCUACAUGCGAUACGUUGAAAUAUACUUCAACGAGCUUUUCAGUAAAAUAAAGCACUUGCUCAGAGGAAACGGGGGCCCGAUAAUUAUGGUCCAGGUGGAGAAUGAGUAUGGAAGUUUUCCGGCAUGUGAUUUGCAGUACAGAGAAAAUGUACGAGACAUACUUUUGCGAAAUGUUCAAUCAAAAGCUCUUUUAUACACAACAGAUGGAAUAUAUGAUAAAGCUUUAAGGUGUGGGGUAGUUUCUGGCGCUUACGCAACUAUUGACUUUGGUGCCUCAACAAAUGUGUUGAGCAAUUUUGAUUUAAUGAGAAAGUAUCAACCAAGCGGUCCGCUUGUUAAUUCUGAAUAUUAUUCCGGAUGGUUGACUCACUGGGAAGAAUCAUUUCAGAGAGUCCAAACAGGAAUUUUUGUAAAUACAUUGAAGCAAAUGUUAGCAUUGAAUGCUUCUGUUAAUAUUUAUAUGUUUUAUGGUGGGACCAAUUUUGGAUUUACAGCAGGAGCAAACGGAGGCGAUAAAUAUUGGCCUCAAAUAACCUCUUAUGAUUACGACGCACCUCUCACAGAAGCCGGUGAUCCAACAGAUAAAUAUUUCGCAAUACGCGAAGCGCUCUCAGAGUUUUUUAUGCUGCCAAAUUUACCGCUGCCGACGGUCUCGCCGAAAGGCAAUUACGGGUCUAUUCUUCUUGACCCAAUAAUGCCGUUGUUUGGCAGAGAAGCUCAACAAUUGUUUGCUUCUUCCGUUGCUGAUUACUCAAUAACACCCCCGACGUUUGAAAAACUAAAGCAAUCUUAUGGGUUUGUUCUUUAUGAAACCCAUUACAGCCCACGAAGCAAAGAUCCAUCGAUAUUGAGAGCCGACGUCGCUGACCGGGGACUGGUUUAUGUCGACGAUUACCUUUCCGGUUCCCUGAGCCGCACGCUCAAAAUAGACAAUGUUGUUUUGCAAAAUCCCUACGGAAAAAGUCUUAAAAUACUCGUUGAAAACCAAGGACACCUCAAUUUUGGAAGUAUCAUUCAAGAUUGGAAGGGGAUUUUUAAUGUUACGAUAAACAAUGAGAGGAUUAUCAACUGGAAUGCGACUGGAUUUCCUUUGGACAUUAUGCCGUCCUUGAAAAACUUUAGCAGUAUUGAAAUUCCGACUGGAAAUAUGGUCAAUGGUCCUGUUUUUCUUCGCUCGACAUUCAUAAUAAAAAAUAAUCCACCACUAGACACCUAUCUGAACACCGCUGGUUGGGGUAAAGGAGUUGCUUUUCUGAAUGGACAUAAUUUGGGACGGUACUGGCCACAAACUGGUCCUCAGGUCACUCUAUAUGUACCUGGAGUAUUUUUGAAGACUGGAGAAAAUGAGUUGGUUGUUUUGGAACUUGAGUACGUGGCGGAUAACAUGAAAAUGAAGUUCCAAACUGUCGCUGAUUUGGGAUUUACUCAAAAUUAUACUCUUAACAUUCAACCUAAUAAUAAUUAAUUUUUUUUACUUUUUAUAUUGCAUCUUAAAUAAGUUUUUAUGUAAGUUUGAUAAAAAUAUGAAGCUAUAUUUGAACAAUAAUAAUUAAAUUUAAUCCUAAUCGUUAUUCAAUCGAUUACUUUUGUUUUCAGUAAAAAUAAAUCGCGGUAUUGAUAAAAUAAAAAAAAGAAGCCUAAAAAAUAA